AUGCCAAUUUUAAUUGUUAUUUGUGCUGAGGGAGAAGUACACUUUUUCAAAUUCACAGAACGUCCAUCGACAACUCUUAGUAAUUGUUUUGAUGAUGCACAAAGUGUGGAAAGUCAAACUACCUUUAAUACGAAUCAUCCCUACACUAUGGAAAAUGAUAAUAUCAGUGUGAAUAGUUAUGAUAGUUCCAUGACUGCUGAUAGUCAAUCGAAUCCUUUUCAUGAUAUGUUGUCAUCAUUGGGAACUGGACAAGAUAUACCAACACCAUUGCAUAUACCUUCUUCAUAUUCGAGUAAGACAUCACUUGAUACUACACCUAUAACACCAACUGAACAGGGCAAUUUUGUGCCACCUUCAAGAAGUCCAUCUCCACCGACUGCACAAUUCCAUCAACCAACAGUUCACAUUAAUUCAAGAAAUAGAAGUGAGGCAAUUCUUCCAUUUUUAACUUCGAGGAUUCCAUGUAAUAUUAAUUGUGCAAUUAGUUUUGAUAUUGAUAAGGAUGGAGUUGAGGAAAUCAUUUUUGGAGGAAAUAAUAGAAACCUCUUUGUUUACAAAUUUAUGGAAAAGCAAAAUGGAGUCGAUUUUGUUUUUUUGAAGGAAAUUUACACGAAGGAUAAUCAAGUUAAUAGUAUUUCCAUUCACAAUGAUUCGAUAAUAUUAGGAUUUGUAUCAGGAGGUUUUGGAAUUAUUUCAUCAAUAGAUACUGUAAUAAUUAUUGAACCAAAACAUAUUAAUUUCAAGAAUGAACCUCUCACAGUGGUUGGUAAUGUGAAAUUUGGAGAAAAUCAAUGUGUAGCCCUCUCAGGAUUGAGCGGAGAAGUCAUAGUAAUCGAUCCAUUCAAACAAUUCAACAUUACAGAAGAGAUCCUCUCCACGAAAGGCACCAUCGUUCACGCACCCAACUAUACCAUCACUAAGCAAAACUAUCAUCAAUAUUACGACUAUUUUGUCAAUAUUGAACAUGAAAUUCUCUCCCUCAGUGCGCACAAUUUCAUUACAUCCUCUCAAAAUUCUCAAUUACUGAUAACAUCAUGGGAUGGUAUCAUUUACAUUCUCGACCACGAGAAGAAUAUCGUGACCUACAAUUUCAAAAACCAACUAGCCAAUUGUUAUUGUGGAAAAUUUUCGCUCACUCCCCGACACAAUAAUGAACUGGUCCUCAUCCUCUCCUCUUUCAACACUGAAUACAUCCACAUCUAUUACAACAUUCAAUUGGAAAACAUUAGAGCCACCAGCAUGUUCACUCACCUCCAAAAAGAUCCAGAGCUGGCCAAUCUCCUUUCCCUCCAAGCUCAAGAAUCAAAAACUUCCAUUCCUUCCCUCAUUCACUCUCUUCUCUAUGACCAAGUCGAUCAACAAUAA